UUUAGUGUAGCUGGUAGAGAUUAUACGUCAUUGAGGUGCAUUUGUGCGAUAGAUUAUUAAAUUAACCAUGCUAUGCAGCCACAUGAAAAUCUUACAGAUAUAGCAAAACUAUCGAUAUUCAAUCAAUAGAGGUUUAAAUAUAUUCAGACGAGCUUCGUCUGUCAUUGGAAGGAGCAGCCUGGACAUUGGAAUUCAGCUGAAGAGUGACUGCCGCUGAACCUUGAUGGGCGAAUCAGGGUCGCGCCGCUCCACACUCGUCUCCAGGCUGCCAAUCUUCAGGCGGAGCGUAAGUAAGAGGCAGGACUCGUUGCCCUCCUCCCCAUCCUCGGCCGGCGUGGGCAAUGGCGUUCACACCUCGUCCCCCUCCAGCACCAACUCCAGCAACAGCAGCACGGGCAAGCGCCGCAGCCUGUUCCGCACGCCCUCCAUCAGCUUCAGCAGCAAGAGGAACAGUGAGCCGCCACGCAUCCAGACCCCUCCUCUGGACCCAGCCCAAGACACCAACAGCAGCCAGAACAACCCUCCGCUGGGCUUCCAAGAUGGCGCUGUGCUUCCACGUGCCAAGACGCGCCACUCCUUUGGCUUUGGGGGCCACCGGCAGAAAAAGAUCACCCGCUCGCAGACUGAAGACUUUGAGAAGGUGACCUCCACGGUCAAUAGGAACGUGUUCAUCAACUGCAUCAGCUCAGGUACCAACGAGGGCGAUGACUCGGGGUAUCUGGAUGACUUCAGCGGCGACAGCAAGCGCUCGUACAGGCAGAAGAAACAGCUGCUGCCCAAGUCCUUCUCUGCCCACCACCGCUUCUCCAAGAACUCUGAGCAGUGCAAGCCCCCAGUGGUGAGUGUAGUGCCCCCGACUUCAGAGGGUACCCCGGGCUCGUGGCCAGGCGAGCUGCUGGGGGAGAGCUCCCUGCAGUCGCCCAUGUUGUCUGAGGACCGCACCACGGCCCUCACCCCCUCUGAGUUUAAUGUCCCCAUCACAGAGGACUCUGUGUCCGAGGUGGAUGUGCUGCUUGCCCCUAGCCUCGCCGCCACGCCAGACGACUUCAGCCACGUCGUCUCUACCUCCCAGGUGUUCUUCAUGCCUGCCCAAGCUGCCACAGACAAGCCCCUUCUGCCAGACACCAGCACCGCAAACACCACAGAGUGUGAGACUGCAGUCGCUGUCACAGAACCAGCAACAGCUGCAACACCACCAAUGCCACCGGAACAACAAACACAAUUGCAGGAAGAGAAGGAAGAAGGGGAAGAGGAGAAGGAGGAUGUUAUGAUAGUGGAGGAGGUCAGACCAGCGCAGACCGAGACUAGUGAGAGCGAGGCAGGCCCAGUGCGUAGUAAAGGCUACCAUUCCAAUCCAGAGCAGUCUGAGAGGAGGUCCAGGAACACAGUGUUCAUCCAGGAACCAGGCAAGGGAGCGUGCUGCGGUAGACAUGAACCCAGGUCAUGCCACCUGAGGAAACCCCACACAGUGUCCAUGUGCAGCAGCAGCGCCAGCCCCUACCACGAGGUGAUGCGCAUGGAGCGCCGGCUACGUUCCUCCUCGGAGGGUGCCGGGGGGCCACGGGGGCUCCACCUCAACCUCAAAGAUCCCCAUUGCACUGCCGAGGGGAGCGUGCUGCUGAAACAGAGGACCAACUCGUCGUCCUCCAAACUUGGCAGCCUCGAUGUACUGAACAAUCUGGGCUCGUCUGAGCUGGAUGAGGAUGACCUGAUGUUGGACCUGGACCUCUCUGAUGACCAACGCCAGCGUCACGUAUUCCGAGAGGACUCCAGCCAGUCCCUAGCCUCCUGCCUGAACCUGAUGCACUCCCCACUGGAGCCCAAUGUCGACAGGAUCCCUGGUAGGGAGCCCAGAGACACUACCACCAUCCACAGGGAGCCUUGCCGGCCGACCACCCUGCUGCCGGCUGACUGGUGCCUGGGCCGGGAGGACGAGGCCCCGGGGCUGGAGGCACUACCCCUCAGGCUGAUGCAGCAGGACUGCACUUCCGUCAAGACCCUGCUGCUGCGCCUCCGGAGGACCCUGCAGGAGAGCACUGACACGAGUCCUGCAGGCAGCCUUCAUUCUCUCCCCAUCAGCCCCUGUAGUGAGAAGACGCUGUCCCUAAAGGAGCCGGGGAGGGAAGAGGCUCUGCUGCUGCAGCUGAGGGAGAAGGAUGAGCUGAUCUUCCGAUUGCAGGCUGAACUGGAGAGUGCCAAAGCUGCCCUGAAGCCCACCUGCCAAAAACCUGACCGAACUACGCAGACGGACCCUCCUGGACCAGAGACCAUCCAUCCAAGCCGAGCAACAAGCCAAAACAGUACCAGCACAAGAGACAGAAGGGUGGCCCGGUCUCUCAACGUGGACCAAUAUAGCCGUGAGGUGGCUGAUCGCUCAACUACCAGUGACCUGCGCCACUGCCCAGCCCAAACCCCGCCCCCACCCCUUUCCUCCAGUGGGCCCGUGGGAGGCAGGGACCCUUCAGGGGCCCCCAGGAGACCAGAAGAGGCUCUGUCCUCAUCAUCAGAGGCAGGGGCUUUCAGGAAAAGUGAAUACCCAAACAGCCAGAUACCCCGGGCGAUGGGGGUGGGGGGCAGCAGCUCCAGCCUUCAGAGUCGAGACAGCCCCUGCCGAAGCUGCCUCUCCUCAGACAGCGAGAGAGCCCCCGUGCCAAGCCCCUGCCAGCCUCCUCCUCCCUCCUCCACCACCACCUCUUCCUCCUUCACGGGCCGCCUAGGCCAGCCCCCCAGAGGGCCCUUGUCCCUGCACAUGUACAGCCGCAAGAACGUCUUCCUGCAGCACUCGCUCCACACUGCUGAACUGCAGGCCUUGGUCCAGCAUAACGGCUGAGGCGCGGGCCGCACACACACACAAACACACACACGCACCUUUCACUUUUCCCAUAUACCCUAAACAUAUCAUUGAAUGGAUACAUCACCGUCUGAAUCAUGGAAGUGAAGGUAAUCUCUGGAAUUUAUACAACAAUCAGUGUCAUAACUCCCAAGCAUCUUCCCUUCACCUCAAAUCCAACCCAUUUCUUUCAUCUCAUUCUCUCAACCCUAGCUCCUCCUGAUCAGAGUUUGCUAUGACAGACACUUUAAAACUAUCUAGAUCACAUCAUUGGGACAUUUGCUUCUCUUCUUAAACACGUAUUUUGUGUUACACUGUCAUCCAACCAGACCUCCAAACAGUACCUCGGUAGGUACAUGUCUAUAUGCGUUUCUUUAGUUCUGUGCAUUUGACCAUUUUGACAUUUUAUAUUACUGUAGAAGGCUGAUAGAUGUGCUCACUUGAACACACACCAGUCAGUCAGCCUGCCUGCUAGCAUUAGCAAGGCACUCGUCCAUCUAUCAUAUUAGAUUAGCACUGAAUGUUGAGCGUUUGCUUAGAGGUGCUAAUGUCCACACAUGCGUGAAAACACACACGCGCGCCAUAGGGAAUUAACUAAUGUGAGAGUUGUAGUUACAUUAGCAAAGCUGAACAUGACCAAACCAUGCUGCUCAUUGCACUGGCAAUGUGACCAACAUAAAUUACAUGACCAAAAGUAUGUGGACACCUGCUAGUCGAAUAUCUCAUUUCAAAAUCAUUGGCAUUCAUAUGGAGUUGGUCCCCCUUUUGAUGCUAUAACAGCCUCCACUCUUCUGGGAAAGCUUUCCACUAGAUGUUGGAACAUUGCUGCGCAAACUUGCUUCCAUUCAGCCGCGACUAUUAGUGAGGUCAGGCUCUGAUUUGGGGCGAUUAGGCCUGGCUCGCAGUCGUUGUUCCAAUUUAUCACAAAGGUGUUCGACUGGGUUUAGGUCGGGCUCUUUGCUGGCCUGUCAAGUUCUUCCACACCGAUCUCGACAUACCAUUCUGUAUGGACCUUACUUUGUGCCCGAGAGCAAUGGCUGAAACAGGAAAUGGCCUUCCCAAAACUGCUGCCACAAAGUUGGAAGCACAUAAUCAUCUAGAAUGUAAUUGUAUUCUUUAGCAUUAAGAUUUACCUUCGCUUUAACCCUAGCCCGAAACAUUAGAAGCAGCCCCAGAACAUUAUACCUCUUCCACCAAACUUUACAGUUGGCACUAUGCAUUGGGACAGGUAGCGUUCUCCUGGCAUCCACCAAACACAGAUUCGUCCAUCGGACUUAGAGGGUGAGGAGUUUAUCCAACAUUCUUCACUCCAGAGAACAAGUUUCCACUGCUCCAAGCUUUUUGUUUAAAUAUUUGUAUUUUAUUUAACAAGGCAAGUCAGUUAAGAACAAAUUCUUAUU